CACACACACACACACACAGAAGAAACUGUUAACUGUGUUGCCCACGUCCACGUUUUGGAUGCACGAGUCGAUGCCCAGUGGAAGUGAAUUUGCAGUGGAAAUCCGAAACGGAAACGGAAACGGAAUUGGCGGCAACAGCCAACGGCAAGAAUAACCACAACAACUAGCUGAUUCUCUACAAGAACCUCGCCCCCGCUUCACAGAGAGAGAGAGAGAGAGAGAGAGAGAGAGAGCGAGUGAGAGAGAGAGAGAGAGAGAGAGAGAGAGAGAGAGACAGAGAUCAAAGCGAUCCAAAAGAAGAGAGCAGGUUGAGCCAAAAGCAAAUUUAAUGAACGGAAACGAGGCGCAAAGCAACUGCAAGUUAGCCGCUAAAGUCAACAAAUUGGCGCUGCCAGCCGCACAAAACACCAUAGACAAUUGGAAUUAAUCGAACGAUCCAUUCACUCCCGGAUCGCUGAAAGAGUAGCCCCCAUCCCCACCAACCACCAUCCACACUGAAACCUCUCCCAAACGCCGCCAGCACACACACACACACACACACACACAUCCAACUGGAGGAGGAAAACAUAGAAGCAACAACAUCACAAAUCAAAUCAAAUCAAAUCAGGCAAUAAGCAUCUACGGAACCGGAACAGGCACUGUACAGCUGCAAAAUGGCGACCGUCAAUGUGAACCGCAGCGUAACGGACAUCUUCUAUCGCUACAAGAUGCCGCGUCUACAGGCCAAGGUCGAGGGCAAGGGCAACGGCAUCAAAACGGUCCUGGUCAACAUGGCCGAAGUGGCCCGCGCCAUCGGCCGCCCGGCCACCUAUCCGACCAAGUACUUUGGCUGUGAACUGGGCGCCCAAACGCAGUUCGAUCAUAAGAACGAACGUUUCAUUGUGAAUGGAUCGCAUGAUGUUAACAAGCUGCAGGAUCUGCUCGAUGGCUUCAUACGCAAAUUUGUGCUGUGUCCGGAAUGCGAUAAUCCGGAGACCAAUUUGACCGUCUCGGCCAAGAAUCAGACCAUCUCGCAAUCGUGCAAGGCCUGCGGCUUUCAUGGUCUGCUCAAGGUCAAUCAUAAAGUCAACACGUACAUUGUGAAGAAUCCACCAUCAUUAAAUCCGGCCGCACAGGGCUCCUCCCUGACCGAGGGCAAGCGUUCCAAGCGUGUCCAGAAGCAGAAGAACGAAAAUUCCGAUGGUUCCAUGUCCAACAACUCAAUGGCCAACAAUUCUGGCGGCGAAUCCGAUGGCGGCAAUGGCACCAAUCAUGCCAGCCAAACCGAGGCCGAGAUCAGCGCCGCCAUACCAGAGAAGAGCAUUACCGAGGAUGAUGACGAUGGCGGCUGGAGCGUUGAUGUUUCCAAGGAAGCGAUCCGUGCACGUUUGCAAGACCUAACCGAUGGUGCCAAGGGUAUGACCAUUUCGGAUGACUACGACAAGACAGAAAAGGAACGUAUCGACAUCUUCUAUGAGCUGGUGAAGAACAAGCGCGACAAUAAGCAGCUGGAUGAUGUGCCCACGCACAAGGAGCUGUUGAUUGAGGCCGAACGAUUGGAUAUUGUGAACAAGGCGCCGCUGGUGCUGGCCGAACUGCUCUUCACGGAGAACAUCAUACACGAUGUGCGCAAGAAUCGCAUUCUACUGCUGCGCUUCACCCAUAACAAUCCGAAGGGUCAGCGCUAUCUGAUUGGCGGCAUCGAGCAGACCGUGGAGCUGCAUGCUAACACGCUGAUGAGCAAGGUGGCCGGCAUCUUUAAGAUCUUCUACGACUUGGACAUACUCGACGAGAAGGUGAUACUCGAGUGGGCCCAAAAGGUGAGCAAGCGUCAUGUUUCAAAGAAGAUUGCCACCGAAAUACACGAGAGAGUGGAACCGUUUGUCCAAUGGCUCAAGGAUGCCGAGGAGGAGGACUCUUCAUCUGACGAGGACAACAAUGCUGGCGGUGAUUCGGAUGUGGAAAUCGAAUAUGAUGAUCGUGCUCGGGUCGAACCUCUUAAGGUAGCCGCUGUCAGUGCCGCCGUUGCCGCUGUCAACAAGAAGAACGCCAUGGAUGAAGAGGAUGGCGACGAGAUAGAUAUCGAUGAGAUCUAAGCAGCAGCAGCAGCAGCAUCAGUUUGUGGAUUAGGGGUUAGCCAAAAUUGUAAAAGCGCAUGGUUCGGAACGGCAGGACAAGCAAAUCAGAUCAGUGACGAGUGACGAGUGACGAGUACCGAGUAGCAAGUAGCUAGUGACAUUUAGCGAGUUGCAAGAGUAGCGAGUGGCAAGUGGCGAGUGACGAAUUGCGAGUAAAGCGUAGUGAGUGACAUGUAGCGAGGGACGAGUAGCGACUAACGACAAGUGGGUGACAAAGUAGCGAGUAACGAGUGACGAGUAGCGAGUGACGAACAGCUAGUAACGAGUUGCAAGCGACGAGUGACGAGUAGCGAGCAGCUAGUAACGAGUUGCAAGCGACAAGUGACGAGUAGCGAGUGACGAGCAACGAGUAGCGAGUGACGAGCAACGAGUAACGAGUUGAACCGAUGCAACAACAACAACAAGAACAACAACAACAACUGUCCAGCCCAGCGUAACAACCUUUGGGGGCCCGCUUAACUUUGAUGAUGAAUCGCCUAAUCUCACGACUUCACUACAUUUCGAUUGUAAUCACAUUUGCAUUAUCCUAUAUACCCAUUUGUAACAAUAAACACAAAAUUUAAAUUUAAAUUAAAUGCACAUACUCGAUAUAGUAUAUAAUAUGGCGCUGAUUAACAUUUUCCUCCCCCCAAAAAAAAAACACAAACUGAGCAGCUACAACAACAACAAGAGCAACAACAUUAUAAAUAAUUAAUCACCUUCGGCUUUCAAUUGUAGUGUACUUUUUUUUUUUCUUUACUAUUUCAUUUAUAUAUUUGUAUCUGGAUAUCCUUUAGUUUAGCACAUCUCACGGUAUGAUUUUUGAUUUUUCACUUUUGAUAAACCAAAUUCGAUUAUUUUUUUUUUUAAUCUGUUUUAAAUGUUUAAUUAAUUCUAAGUGCAGUACUUAAGCUAAUCGCAAUUAAAACUAAUUAUAUAUAUAUAUGUAUAUGUAUAUGCGACCAAUUU